UGCAGCUCCGAAUUUUGAAGCAUGUCAGGGCAGGAGAACAUGCCCCCCAACUGGCUCUGGUCAUGGCUUUCUAAGUCCCAACGGGAUUUAUUGAAGUCCAUCCUGACUGGGGUUCCAGGAGGACCAGCGGGGUACCUGCGGCGGGCUAGUGUAGCCCAGAUGACCCAGGAGCUGGGCAAUUCCUUCUUCCAGCGGCAGCAGCUGCCAGCCGCUAUGGCAGACACCUUCUUGGAACAUCUGUGCCUGCUGGACAUCGACUCUGAGCCUGUGGUCCCUCGCAGUACCAGCAUCAUCGCCACCAUCGGGCCGGCAUCUCGCUCCGUGGAGCGCCUCAAGGAGAUGAUCAGGGCCGGGAUGAACAUCGCGAGACUCAACUUCUCCCACGGCUCCCACGAGUACCAUGCUGAGUCCAUCGCUAACGUCCGUGAGGCGGUGGAGAGCUUUGCAGAUUCUCCGCUCAGCUACCGACCCGUGGCCAUCGCUCUGGACACCAAGGGACCAGAGAUACGCACUGGGAUCCUGCAAGGGGGCCCGGCGUCAGAAGUGGAGAUAGUGAAGGGCUCCCAGGUGCUGGUGACGGUGGAUCCAGAGCUCCGGACGCGCGGGGACGCGAACACCGUGUGGGUGGACUACCCCAAUAUAGUCCGAGUCGUGCCGGUGGGGGGCCGCAUCUACAUUGACGACGGGCUCAUCUCCCUAGUGGUCAAGGAAAUCGGUCCAAAAGGGCUAAAGACCGAGGUGGAGAACGGCGGUGUCCUGGGCAGUCGGAAGGGCGUGAACUUGCCAGGCGCCAAGGUGGACCUGCCUGGGCUGUCCGAGCAAGAUAUCCAGGACCUGCGCUUCGGGGUGGAGCAUGGCGUGGACAUCGUCUUUGCCUCUUUUGUGCGGAAAGCCAGCGACGUGGCUGCCGUCCGGGAUGCUCUGGGGCCGGAAGGACAGGGCAUCAAGAUCGUUAGCAAAAUCGAGAACCACGAGGGCGUAAAGAAGUUCGAUGAAAUCCUGGAGGUGAGCGACGGCAUUAUGGUGGCACGGGGUGACCUGGGCAUUGAGAUCCCGGCCGAGAAGGUUUUCCUGGCUCAGAAGAUGAUGAUCGGACGUUGCAACUUGGCGGGAAAGCCCGUUGUCUGUGCUACACAGAUGCUGGAGAGCAUGAUCACUAAGCCCCGGCCAACUCGGGCAGAGACGAGUGAUGUGGCCAACGCCGUGCUGGAUGGGGCAGACUGCAUCAUGCUGUCGGGGGAGACUGCCAAAGGCAACUUUCCUGUGGAGGCUGUAAAGAUGCAGCAUGCGAUUGCCCGGGAGGCAGAGGCUGCCGUGUACCACCGGCAGCUCUUUGAGGAGCUCCGCCGGGCGGCACCGCUGAGCCGGGAUCCCACGGAGGUCACCGCUAUUGGUGCUGUGGAGGCUGCCUUCAAGUGCUGUGCUGCUGCCAUCAUCGUGCUGACCACAAGUGGCCGUUCAGCCCAGCUUCUGUCUCGGUACCGACCUCGGGCAGCGGUCAUUGCCGUCACCCGCUCUGCUCAGGCCGCCCGCCAGGCCCACCUGUGCAGAGGAGUCUUCCCUGUGCUCUACUGUGAACCUCCAGAGAACAUCUGGGCCGAUGAUGUGGACCGUCGGGUCCAAUUUGGCAUCGAAAGUGGAAAGCUCCGUGGCUUCCUCCAUUCUGGGGACUUGGUGAUCGUGGUGACAGGCUGGCGACCAGGCUCCGGCUAUACCAACAUCAUGCGGGUGCUGAGUGUAACUUGAGGUGCCCCUCCUCCUCUGACUAAGCCAGCCCUGGACCCAUCCCUCUCCACUCCCUCCUGCAGCCCCACAUCCAAGUCUUCUCUACUCCCAGUCCUCCCUACCCCAGGCCACAUCUGCCAUCCAGCUCCUUUCCAGGGCACCCCCUCCCUUUCCCUAUUUCACGCAGGCCUGGGUAGUAUGUAUCCAAUUAAGCACCGGCCAUCCAACAGCACCGAUGGUACAUUCCCUGCAUCUAAUGCUCUCAACUGCUCCCUAAGAUGCUCUGAGCCUUUAAUCCCAGCUCAAAUGCUUAAUUCUAUUCCCCCAGGUUUCCCAUAGCUGAGGGGGGAGGGGAGGGGAGCAGGGUAAUCAUGGCCACAGUCUCCAUAAAAUCUCCUCUUAAAAAUCAUCUCCCAAGGAGACUGUCACCUCUUUCUUCAUUGUGACCGGAAGCUAGGGGAGAUGGAAGCUGGGGAGCACUGGAGCCAGGCGGGCACACCUCAUUAGUGUCUCACCCCACCUCGAGGCUUACAGGCCACUCCCCAUUUGCUCUCACAUCCAUCUCAUGCUUUACUGGGUCAGGUGUUGGGUCUCCUCCUGCGCCCUGAAAUGCCCACUUUGUUCCCACACACAAACCAGGAGCCAAAACAAGUGUCUCUAUUUUCUUUUUAAACCCAGAUGUUUGGAAGCCAUAUAAAACUUCUCCCAUACACGCAGAACCCCAGAACUCCCCGCCUAGGAGAAAAGGAGUGUUAGGGUCCUGGCCCUACAUUCUUUGAUGCUGGAGAGUAGCUGUGGGGACAGAGGGGUGGGCUACAGGAUUCUCUUGUCCCUGAGAAGGCAGAGGUACUGGCUAGCCUGCCCUUCCCUAGGCUUGGAUACCUCGGGCCCUCCCCUUGCUCCUGCACCAACAGCAACCUCAACAGGAAAGGAAAAGAACUAAAAAUAAGAACAGUCCUUCUCCCCGUCUCAGGUGGCCCUUCCUGGUCCCACCUAGAUAGGGAGGGUGUUCAAGUAUUGCUGCUGAUGGGAGUUGCACAGGACCACAAGAGCUGGAAUGGAGGGCCCUGCCCGUUCCUUUUUCCCUCCUAGGAGGGGAGGGCAGGGAUGGAUAAAGGAAUGGGUAAAUAAAGUGAGUUGAUAAAAAAUAAAAUUAGCAAAUGAAGGAAUAAA